AUGUUCGCCGCACGCCGCACCGCCACUCUCUUCCAGAGACGAGCUUUCUCUGCCACUGCCUCCCAGGCCUCCAAGGUCUCCGUCCUCGGUGCUGCCGGUGGCAUUGGCCAGCCGUUGUCCCUGUUGAUGAAGUUGAACCCUCGUGUCUCUCAGCUUGCUCUCUACGACAUCCGCGGUGGACCCGGUGUUGCCGCUGAUUUGAGCCACAUCAACACCAACAGCGUUGUCAGCGGCCAUGAGCCCACCCCAUCCGGCCUCAAGGAGGCUCUCGAGGGAUCUGAAAUUGUCCUCAUCCCCGCCGGUGUCCCCCGCAAGCCAGGAAUGACCCGUGAUGACCUUUUCGCUACCAAUGCCUCCAUUGUCCGUGACUUGGCCAAGGCUGCCGCUGACCACUGCCCCAACGCCAACAUCCUCGUCAUCUCCAACCCGGUCAACUCUACCGUCCCAAUUGUUGCCGAGGUCUUCAAGGCCAAGAACGUCUACAACCCCAAGCGUAUCUUCGGUGUUACCACCCUUGACGUCCUCCGUGCCUCUCGCUUCGUCUCUGAGAUCAAGAACACCGACCCAGCUGAUGAGAAGAUCCCCGUUGUUGGUGGUCACUCCGGUGUCACCAUCAUCCCACUGAUCUCCCAGUCCAACCACCCCGACAUUGCCGGUGAGGCCCUCGACAAGCUCACCAACCGCAUCCAGUUCGGCGGUGACGAGGUUGUCAAGGCCAAGGCUGGUGCUGGGUCUGCCACUCUCUCCAUGGCCCAGGCCGGUGCCCGUUUCGCCGACAGUCUUCUCAAAGCCACCCAGGGCGAGAAGAACGUCAUCGAGCCCACCUUCGUUGACAGCCCCCUCUACAAGGACCAGGGUAUCGAGUUCGUUGCCUCCAACGUUCGUCUCGGCCCCAACGGUGUCGAGGAGAUCCUCCCCAUCGGCAAGGUCUCCGAGUACGAGCAGAAGCUCCUUGAAAACUGCCUUGUUGAGCUCAAGAAGAACAUCCAGAAGGGUGUCGACUUCGUCAAGGCCAACCCUUAA